CCGCGCCCUACGCGGCGCGGCCUCCUUCCCACCCCUCGCCUUUCUCUCGCACCGUCCGGUACCCGAGCUGCCCGCGGGCUGGGUCCCCGCGGCCCGAGCCGCCUCGGCCGGGCCCCCGAAAGAGGCCGAGAUGACUUCCAAAGAGGACGGCAAGGCGGCGCCGGGGGAGGAGCGGCGGCGCAGCCCUCUGGACCACCUGCCGCCGCCCGCCAACUCCAACAAGCCGCUGACGCCGUUCAGCAUCGAGGACAUCCUCAACAAGCCGUCUGUGAGGAGAAGUUACUCGCUGUGUGGGGCGGCGCACCUGCUGGCCGCCGCGGAUAAGCACGCGCCGGGCGGCUUGCCCCUGGCGGGCCGCGCUCUGCUUUCGCAGACCUCGCCACUGUGCGCGUUGGAAGAACUCGCCAGCAAGACCUUUAAGGGGCUGGAGGUCAGCGUCCUGCAGGCUGCCGAAGGCCGUGAUGGGAUGACCAUCUUUGGGCAGCGGCAGACGCCCAAGAAACGGCGAAAAUCCCGCACGGCCUUCACCAACCACCAGAUAUACGAGUUGGAGAAGCGCUUCCUAUACCAGAAGUACCUGUCCCCGGCAGAUCGCGACCAAAUUGCGCAGCAGCUGGGCCUCACCAACGCACAGGUCAUCACCUGGUUCCAGAAUCGGCGCGCUAAGCUUAAGCGGGACCUGGAGGAGAUGAAGGCCGACGUGGAGUCUGCCAAGAAACUGGGCCCCAGCGGGCAGAUGGACAUCGUGGCGCUGGCGGAACUCGAGCAGAACUCGGAGGCUUCGGGCGGCGGUGGCGGUGCCUGCGGCAGGGCCAAGUCGAGGCCGGGUUCUCCGGCGCUGCCACCAGGUGCCCCGCAGGCCCCGGGCCCUGGGCCUUUGCAGCUCUCGCCAGCCUCUCCGCUCACGGACCAGCGGGCCAGCAGCCAGGACUGCUCAGAGGACGAGGAAGACGAAGAGAUAGACGUGGACGAUUGAGCGGCGCCCUGGACCUACUGCCACUCCGGACCCAACUCCGCUGCCUCCCGGACUGGACCGCUAAGGGGAGCUGGGACCUCCUCUGCAACUCUCGCCUCCACCCUCGUCCCGGAGUCGGGACUUGGGCCCGGCCGCCGCCUCUUCCCUCUCGAAGCAAUAAAUCUGGGCUGGCCGGCGGGGCCGGCCGCCACCCGCGGUCUCCGCCGCCCCGGAAGCCCUGGCCGUGCAAUUGUGUAUGGCUUCUGUAUAAAUAUUUAAACCUAUACUGUGGGUUCUCCCCA